GUGCGACCGAGACCGACGCGCGUGGCCCGCACAGCCGGGGAAGGAGAGGAACCAGUGCCAGCUCUGUUGCGCCGCGCCGCCAUCUCCCCCACACUCCCGGUGCUUCGAUCCCAUUGCCUUGUGCGCAGCAGUGCUCCUCCUGUUCCGCCCCCUCUCCUGCGCAGUCCCAUUCGCCUCCUCAUAGCAGCUAGCUCCCUGCCCUUCUCCGCAAUCUACAGCUGCUUCCCCCGCUUCGUUCGAGCCGCUAGGGUUUCCGGAGCUCGAGGCGAGGCGACAUGACGACGCGGGGAGCCAAGCGCGCCGCCACCUCCGACCCCGCCGCCCCCGAUCUACCAAGUAAGAGAGUAAUGGACGGACCCUCUUUUGAUGUUCACAGGGCGGAGUCUUCCCAUCAGCAUGUGAUGGCAGGACCCGCUACUUUAGAUCCCCGACGGGCUGAGGCUGCCAGCAAACAUGUGAAGGCACUCAAUACCCAGUUCGCGAGCUGGGUUCAAUUGCAGUUGCAAAAUCAUCCAGCUGAACUCUGGGAGGAUGGCGUCAAAGAUUACAUAUCCCAUGCUUCUGAAAUCAUGGAGAAAUUCAAGGAUGUCGUCAACUGGCUUCGACAAAAUAAAGCAGGCUCAACAGCUGUUUCAUCCCCAAGUCCACUCGAGGAUGAGAAGACUACUUUGCCGGCAGCAGAUGAUAGCAAGUUUGUGAUACAGCCAAGUUCAGAUAAGGGACAGAAGGUCCCAGUUAUGACAUCUACCUCUUCACUUUCUCAGAGCUCAAGCUCGCAGAACAAUUUCUUGUUUUCUUCUCAGCAAAAACCGCCAGCUUUUAGUGGCAUAUUUGGUGACAAGAAGACAUCUGGUGAGAGCAGUAAACCAUCUUUCCAGUUUGGUGCAAAUAAUGGCAUCUUUGGUGACAAGAAGAACUCACCUGGUGGCAGCUGUAAACCUACUUUCCAGUUUGGCGCAAACAAUAGCUUUUCGACACCAAAUGCACCAUCUAUUUUUUCGGCUUCAGUUGCCCAAAAUUUUAGCAUGCAGACUCCGGCUCUGUUUUCAGUGAACCAACAAUCAGUUCUCUCAGGAAACCAAAAUACUGCUGAAGCUUCAGCUGAUCCAGACGAAGAUGCCGAACCUGAGAAGCCAAGCAGUCCUUCUGUAAAGAAGGCAGAAGAGAAAGGAAUAGUUGUUGUUCAUGAAGCAAAAUGCAAGGUUUAUGUGAAGCAUGAUGACGCUACCAAGGGUUGGAAAGACAUUGGUGUUGGUCAGCUCUCUAUCAGAAGUAAAGAAGGUGCAGAGAAAGCUUCCAAAGAGUCCACUCCGACCAUUGUUAUUAGAAAUGAUGUUGGUAAAAUCCUCUUGAAUGCUCUGAUCUACAAGGGGAUAAAAAUGAAUGUUCAGAAGAACACAGUUGCUUCGAUAUUUCACACUUCAGAUGCACAGUCAAGCGAAUCAGCUGGUGACACAGUUGUAGCUCGAACGUACUUGUUCCGACUGAAAAAUGAGGAGGCGGCUACUAAGUUGUCGACAGCAAUAAAAGAAAACGCACCCUCGGACUGAUUCGGUGAUUCUUACGAAGCUCUGCUUUUGGCACGAGUUACAAGAUCUAGAGGGACGCACCAAUGAUCUCUGCAUUGGGCCAAAAUAUGCCUUGCAGAGUUUUUUGCCUAGUUACACCACCAAGAGAAAUAUUUCUUGCUUGUAACUUGUAACUUAUAAGGCUGUCUGUCUAUUUAUACUACCUUUUCACCCCUCAUUAUGUAUCUUCUUUGGCAUCGAUAAGGUUAUUGAGCAUGCUUAAAGCUUCA